AUGUCGGUCGCCUCAAAGAACCUCUUCGCCCUUCUCGGUAACGACGAUGAGGGCGAGACGCAGACCGCCCCGGUGAAGACGGUCGAGAAGACCACCAUGCGCAGCACCAAGCGUACCGCCGAACCCCAGGCACCUGCGCAACCUGCCGCCAACACCGGAGCUCGUCGCACUGGACCUGGAGGCAACGAGGGAGCUUUCCGUGACCGUAACGCCGGCACCGCCAGCAACCACCGCAAGGCUACCGAUGAGGUUCCCCGUGGCGGCUCUCGAGGAGGUCGUGGAGCUCGCGAGCGUGGAGGCCGUGGCGGUCGCUUCCCCCGAAACCAAGAUGACAGGCACGCCAAGGGUAUCGCCAGUGGCUCCGAAAAGCAGGCCGCCCAGUCGUGGGGCGCCACCGAGGGUGAAGCUGAGCAGAAGGAUGAGCAGGCCGGGGAGGAGAUCGCUCAGACCGAACUGAAGGAGGCCACUGCCGAGGACGCUGAGGAUGCCAAUGCCACCCCUGCCGAGCCCGAGGACAAGAGCAUCUCCUACGCCGACUACCUCGCUCAACAGGCCGAGAAGAAGCUUGCCCUGGGCGAGAACCUCGAGAUCCGCAAGCCUAACGAGGGUACCAAGGCCGACAAGAAGUGGGCCAACGCCAAGCCUCUCACCAAGGAGGAGAACGACGAGUUCAUUGCUGCCUCUGCGGGCAAGGCGAAGAAGGAGCGUGAGCGCAAGACCAAGCAGGUCAUCGAUAUCGACCAGCGUUACGUUGAACCCGAGCGCACUCGAGGUGGUGGCAGCGGUCGCGGCCGUGGCGAGGGUCGCGGUGCCCCCCGUGGCGGUCCCCGUGGCGAAGGUCGUGGCGAGGGUCGUGGUGAAGGACGUGGUGCUCCCCGAGGCGAGGGACGUGGACGCGGCGAGGGCCGUGGCCGUGGUCGUGGUCAAGGCGACUCCCGUGGUGGACGUCCCGCCACCGGCCGCGACAACGCCAACAUCAACACCAGCGAUGAGUCUGCGUUCCCUAGCUUGGGCGCUUAG